GUGUGUAACACGUGUGCCGCCAGAGCCCGUGCCGCAUAGCAUCUGAGUAACGUUUAGCCAUGUCCUACAAUUUUGCAAUGGCGCGUGUUUAUUUUGUCGUUCUGAGUUUCCCCACAUUUUGAAACGUUGUUAAAUGAAUAGCACCAGGUUCUCACUUAAUUCAACAUCAUACGACAGUAUAAGGUUCACCCUGUAAUCACUCAAGGUUGUGACACUUGAUAGCUAGCUAGCAUUAGUUGUCGUUUGCUAGUAACGUCAACACACCGGGUUCAGAGUUUAUUCUAUUUUUAUGAACGAUAUUGGAGUGUAUUGAUAAUGCUGACGAACAGAGUUAUCCAGGUUCAAGUAAAAAAUAAUUUACAAUGGACCAGGCAAGUAGGGCUAAACUGUGGUUGGGCUGGAUCGUGGGGCAACCAAACGUCCUUCUGGAACCCACUGUUCAAGAAACCAUUUUCCACAACUUGCGGAUUGUGUGGAAAAGUCCGUAGGAUUCAGAAAAAGUCCGACAUAUCUGAGAAAAAGCUGACACGCUACUUCGUGGAUUACCGUAGGGUGAGAUUUGUCGCUGGUUCAGGGGGCAAAGGGGCUUGUGCAUUCCACAGUGAGCCAAGGAAGGAGUGGGGAGGACCUGAUGGAGGCAACGGAGGUGAUGGUGGGAACGUCAUCAUCAAAGUAAAUGCACAGGUGAAGUCCCUGGCGGCAGUAUCGCCUGUGUACUUAGGUGUGAAUGGAGAAGCCGGAGGCAGUAAAAACUGUUAUGGGCGCAAUGGAAGAGCCACUUACAUCCCAGUGCCAGCUGGUACUAUCGUGAAAGAGAUGGAGAAAAUGGUGGCUGACCUGUCAACGCAUGGUCAGGAGUUUGUGGCAGUUCAUGGAGGGGCAGGGGGGAAGGGCAACCGCUUCUUCCUGUCCAAUGAGAACCGUGCGCCCACGACGGCCACGCCAGGGGAGCCGGGUCAAGAACGGGUUUUGCAGCUGGAGCUGCGCACCAUGGCCCAUGCUGGACUGGUCGGGUUUCCAAAUGCUGGGAAGUCCUCCCUGCUCAGGGCCAUCUCCAACGCCAAGCCAGCGGUGGCGGCUUACCCAUUCACCACGCUCAACCCUCACGUAGGGAUAGUCCAGUACAGAGACCAUGAACAGGUGGCAGUGGCAGACAUCCCAGGCUUGAUCCGUGGCGCUCACCUGAACCGGGGCCUGGGCGUGUCCUUCCUGCGACACAUCGAACGCUGUCGCGUCCUGCUCUUUGUCCUGGACCUCUCCGAGCCCGAGCCCUGGGCACAGCUGGAGCACCUGCGCUUUGAGCUGGACCAGUACGAGCCGGGCCUCUCCAAGCGACCCCAGGUCAUUGUGGCUAACAAACUGGACCUGCCCGAGGCCCAGGCAAACCUGGAGGCCCUCAGGGCACAGGUCUCCCAAAGGGUGAUCCCCGUGUCGGCUAUGACGGGCCAGAACACGGAGGAGCUGAUCUUGCACCUCCGAGAGCUGUACGAUGGCUACCUCCAGACAGGAAAUGGUUCCAGUGGACAGCGGCCUCUUACGUGGUAGCUGCGUUGGGUUAAGGCACAGACCUGGGCAAAGCAUAAACUGAGCAGCUCAUACCUGCGGUUGCUCCUAAUCAUACAACCAGUGUACAUCACUCAGAUGUGAUGGAGGAACUGAGUGGAGGCAUGCUAAAUGGCUGAGCUGGACCGGUACUGAAGGUCACUGCAUCUGUGAGUGUGUGGGCACUUCUCAACAGUAGUGCUGGUGUCUGAUCAGUUAUCUGUUGAAUGGAUGGUAGAUGACGUCAAGAAAUAGAGCAAGCAGUACGUGUUUCUAUCCAUCAGUUCAGACACUGCUUUCAGACUAUUCUCACAGGUGAAUGUCGUUACUUGCCAUGGACUGCAGCACUGUCCUAUUCAUGGGUUUCAUCAGGUCCUUUUCCACAGGUGUAUUAAAUCAAGCACCUAAAUUAUGAAUGUAGACUGCAUGGUGCUUGAUUAACCCACUUGUGAAAAGGGACCUGAUGAAAGCCAUGAAUAGUGUAUGUGUUGACCACUUGAAGAGAUGUGUUGAGGCUGAAAAGGAACCUGUAUUAAAUUAAAUAUUUAACAAAUAAAUGUAUAUUUAUUUUAUGCACAGUGGUUUUACCAGUGGGUCUUGUCACCUCUCAUUUGCACACAAUGGCACUUUACUCGUCAAUUCUUACAUUUAAAAAAAAAAAAAAAACUACAAUGUAGCUUUGAUGUCACCACACCUUUGUGAAGUCAUAGAUGUUGUUAUGCAUAUUGAAUGUAUGUCUCUUCACUUCACUUGCAUUCAUAAUACACUGUACUGAAAUUGAAUGUUUUGCCUCACCUACAUGUCAGUCAUUGGUCAUUUUGCACAUAUUCUGUGUAGGUGACAAAGAGAGCAAUUAAUUACAGGUUUUUCUGAUAAUAGGACCAAUAUAAUCAGAAGAUAC